CCCAUGCCGCGUCCCUCCCCGCGCGGUCGCAGUGCGCCUGCGCAGACCGGCGGCCGCGGGACGGGCCUGGGCCGGGGGCGACGCCGCGGGGCACCAUGGCCGUAGGCACGGGCACCUCCCUGGCGCUCUCCUCGCUGCUCUCGCUGCUGCUCUUCGCCGGGAUGCAGAUGUACAGCCGGCAGCUGGCCUCCACCGAGUGGCUGACCAUCCAGGGCGGGCUGCUGGGCUCCGCGCUCUUCGUCUGCUCCCUCACCGCCUUCAACAACCUGGAGAACCUCGUCUUCGGCAAGGGCUUCCAGGCCAAGAUAUUCCCGGAGAUCCUCACCUGCCUCUUGCUGGCUCUCUUUGCCUCUGGCCUCAUUCACCGAGUCUGUGUGACCACCUGCCUCAUCUUCUCCAUGGUCGGCCUCUACUACAUCAACAAGAUCUCCUCCACCCUCUACCAGUCCGCAGCGCCCAUCGCUGCUCCCACCAAGGCUGUCAGCAAAGGCAGGAAGAGGAAUUGAAAGGCUGCUGCCCCUUCCCUCGGGCCGCCCCCUCCCCUUGGGGCUCUCAGCUGCCCAAUAAAGCCAUUUCUUUGUA